AUGAUUAUUCGGUUUGUUCCAUCGCAAACAACCCACAAGUCAGCUAUCACACACAACUUUACAACUAUGACAGAUAGAUAUUCAUUUUCUUUGACUACUUUUUCUCCCAGUGGUAAAUUAGGUCAAAUUGAUUACGCUUUAACCGCAGUAAAACAAGGUGUCACUUCAUUAGGUAUAAAAGCUACUAAUGGUGUAGUGAUUGCCACGGAAAAGAAAACUUCUUCACCAUUGGCUAUGUCAGAAACACUCUCGAAGGUAUCUUUGUUGACACCCGAUAUUGGUGCGGUAUAUUCUGGUAUGGGGCCAGAUUAUAGAGUUCUGGUGGAUAAAUCAAGGAAAGUCGCACAUACUAGCUAUAAACGAAUCUAUGGCGAAUACCCUCCCACCAAGCUAUUGGUCUCUGAAGUCGCCAAAAUAAUGCAAGAGGCUACGCAGUCUGGUGGUGUUAGACCCUUUGGUGUCUCGUUGUUAGUUGCUGGUCACGAUGAGUUUAAUGGAUUCAGUUUAUAUCAAGUAGAUCCUUCUGGUUCUUACUUCCCUUGGAAAGCUACCGCUAUAGGAAAAGGUUCGGUGGCUGCAAAGACCUUUUUGGAGAAAAGAUGGAAUGAUGAAUUGGAACUCGAGGAUGCUAUUCACAUCGCCUUACUAACACUAAAGGAAUCAGUAGAGGGCGAAUUCAAUGGUGACACCAUAGAAUUAGCCAUAAUCGGUGAUGAAAACCCAGAGUUACUAGGCUACACUGGUAUUCCAACUGACAAAGGUCCUAGAUUCAGAAAAUUGACUUCACAAGAAAUAAAUGAUAGAUUAGAAGCUUUAUGA